AUGGAAACACCUUCAAGUAAGACAUCACACCCAGCUUUAGAAAACCUCAAGUCUUUGAAAACGUCAGAAUUCAACAUUGCUAUAACGGGUAAUUCUGGGGUAGGCAAAUCGUCUCUCAUAAACAGUUUAAGAGGUUUAAAAGCAAAUAGCGAAGAAGCGGCUGCAGUUGGUGUUGAUGAAACGACUACGAUGCCAAUGAAAUAUAUACAUCCUUAUAAUGAAAACAUUGUUUUGUGGGAUUUGCCAGGAAUGGGUACACAAAGAUUUCCUAAAAGUACUUAUUUAAAAGACGUUGGGUUCUACAAGUUUGACUUUUUUCUUAUCAUUACAGCUACCAGAUUCACAGAAAAUGAUUUGUGGUUAGCUAAUGAAGUUAAACGGCUCGGGAAAAAAUUCUAUUUUAUACGUACAAAAAUGGAUCUCGAUGUAGAAAAUGACAAAUUUGACAAUCCUGAAAUUUGUAAAGCAGUCACUGUUAGUAAAGUACGAACAGCGAUGGCAACACAUGUUGCAAAUGCAGGUUUUGAAUUCAUAAAAGUGUUUCUGAUAGACAACCACUUUCCACAAGCUUAUGAUUUCCCUUUGCUCAUCGAUGCAAUAUUGUGUCCUUUCUUUUUUGAUCAUACACAAUUACGCUAA